AUGUGUAUUUUUGAGAGAUUGUCCUCGGCUCGGGCUGAGGAGUGUCCGCAUGAGUUCGUUGAGGUGUCUACACAGAAGCCGUUGCUUGUUUGGGUCGAGCGUCUUCAAACCUCCUCUGAUUCCGAUAAAUCGGUCAAGCGGGGGCUACCCUCGACUCACCUCUCUAUCUAUAAAACCCUCCCCGGAGGAGAGCGGAAGCUCCAGGAUGAGAAUGAAUCCGGGAAUCCAGGACAUACUCAUCCUGAUCCACCAUGGAAUUUUCGGAAUCUACAAAAACAUUCUAGGAGAGGGCUCGUAAUGAUCUUCUCAAAGAUCACAAGAUGCUGAAGUGGCAGGCAGGAUAGGGGGAGGACCUGUAGGUUUUUGUGAAAGGGAUGCUCUUAUCAUGUUA